GAAAAAGAUGAAAGUGAAUGGUUGCAUAGUCAAGCGGAGAAUCGAGUAAACAAAAUUCAAGAUGGCACAGGUUCGGAACACAGCUGUUGUUUAUCCACAAAGCAGCGUCUCGUUCUUUUAGUUAGCGUUUGUCGUAGAUUAAGGACGUGUUAUACCUAACGUGUUCCUUUAUAAUAAGGAACUAGUAAGGUAAAUCGAGAUGGAAAGUAGUCAUCGAACAAUAAGAAACAACAGUAACUACAUAGUGGAUCAGUGACAAAUCGUGCUUUUUUUUUUUUUUUUUUAUAAAUUAAAAGACGCGAAUAGUGCAGUGGUGGUGUCGGUGGUGGUGGUCGUAACGGCGUUGUCGUUACAGUGGCGGCGGCGGUGAAGAAGGUGGUGGUGGUGGUGGUGGUGUGGUGGCGGCGGAGGUGGUGGUGCUGGUGCAUCAGCAACAGCAGCAAAAGUAGUAGUAGUAGUAGUAGAAACAGCAGUAACAACAGUAACAGCAUUGGUAUAAGAAAACACAGUACGCGAAAGAUUUUCCCCAUGCAAGAAAUGAUCGAUGAUUACUACGGGUUGAAGACGACAACGACGACGACGACGACGACUCUAAUAACAAUGUCAAUAAUGAUGAUAAUGAUGAUGAUAAUGAUGAUGAUGAUGAUGGUUAUGAUGAUGAUGAUGAUGGUGAUGAUGAUGAUGAUGACAGUAACAACUACGACGGAAUAAGACAAAACUAACCUAGAUAAAUAUAUAUAUAUAUGUAUAUAUAUCUAAACACAUACAUAUAUAUAUAUAUAUUUUUUUGUCUUUCGAAAAAAGAAACGAUACAAAUCAAUUGAAAUUAUUCAACAUUUCGAGCACGAUAAUAGAACAGUUUUUACGAAGUAUCACAAUGAACGCCAGAACGCAAUUAUUUGAAUUAAGCAUGGAGGGUCGUCAAGUGGACGAAGCUGUAGCAAGUAUAUUUCAUAGCGUUCUAUUUCAUAGAAGCCUUGGAAAAUUUAAGUACAAACAAGAAGGCAGCUAUUCCGUCGGCACUGUCGGAUAUCAGGAUGUUGAUUGUGAUUUCAUCGAUUUCACAUAUGUAUGCUGUUCUUCGGUACAUCUUGACCAAACUAUAAAAAAAGAAAUAUCUGGUUUCUCAGAAGCUUUACGUUCUACGGAUAGCCCUGGUUCUGGUCAAAUAUCAUUAGAAUUUUUUCAAAAAAAGAAGAACCGUUGGCCCUUCCAAGCAGAGUGUAUACCAUGGGAAGUAUGGACGGUCAGGUUAGAGCUAAUAAAAUUAGCCACCGAGCACGAACGUCAAAUAUGUAGGGAAAAAGUUGGUGAUCUCUUGACAGAUAAAAUUCUUUAUAUAACGGAGGUCAUGAACAGGCAUGACUAUUUACCAAAAAUGCCAAAUCAGGCUGAAUUAGAUUUGAUUUUUGAUACUUCUUAUCCGGACGUUCAGCCUUACUUAUUUAAAUUGUCUUUUACAACUUCUAGCCCAUCGAGUUCUACCAUGGGUAAUACAAUGAAGAAGUUGAUAAAGGAGACAUUGUCCAUUUAGUUAUAACAUAAAUUUUGGAUUAGAUUAAUUAAAUAAAUGACUAAUCUUUAAAGUGAAAAACAAUGAUAAAUGUAUAAGAAAAUACAUAAAUUUGGUGAUGUUUCGUUUACAGCGAUCUCGUAUAUUAAAUGCAUUCUAUAGCAAUCUGCUAUUAUAAUUUAUAUACAAUUUCGCUUUUUUUCUUUUUAGAGGUCUUUUAUUUUGCGACAAUUAGAAAACAUUUUGUUUUAAUGUAAUAUACGUUAUUACAUUGAAUAUAAACAUUCGUUUUAAUUCGUGGUAACUUAUCACCAAAGCAGUGUGACUGGUGAAGAAGAAGAAAAGGAAGAAGAAGAAGAAAAAAAAAUAUAAUAAAUAUAUUCUACGAUAAUAGGAGUGUGUAAUUAAAUAUAUACAUGCUGUUAUAGUUCAUACAUUAGUCUGUAAAGGUAGUUUUAUCUGUGUGUUAGCAAUAUCAUUAUAAUGUAUUUGAUAAUAUAGAGUAAAUACAUUACUGCGUACAUUGCAGCUAUUAAACUGCUAACGUACCUCUGUCAACUUUAUAGUACAAAUAAAUGUAAAAAUUUGUUUUUGUUUUUCUACAUCAUAUAUACGUCCAUUGCGCGAUUCAACACAAUCGUUGAUUCAUAUUUUUAAAUAUUAAAUCUUCCAAUGCAUUGGUUACCUUCAGACAAAAAAAAAA